AUGCCCAAUGUUGCCUAUGCAGUGUUGCAUUCCCUCUUGAGCAUCCUUAUCCCCUCUACCAAUCUUCUUGUCAUCAUAGUCAUUUGUCAGCUGAGGAAGAAGAAGCCAAGUAGAAACUAUGUCUUCAUCCUUAACUUGGCAGCUGCUGAUUUACUGGUUGGCGUGAUGUGCUUCGGGGAAACAUUGGAUGAUGCAAUAGAUAUAGCAUUGGACAGAAACCUAACCAUUUGUCUCUUGAGGAUCUGCAUGAGCAUUACUCCCUGCAUUGGCUCCAUACUGACCUUGCUCUUGGUUUCCCUGGACAGGUACUUGGCUGUGAAGCUGCCCCUGUAUUAUCCUACCCUCAUGAGGAAAAAGCCCAUCAUCUUCUCUCUUGUUGUCCUGUGGAGUGUUUCUGUACUGGUAGGGCACAUGCCACUUAUUUCCUCUUACCUGAAGCAGAGUAAUUUCACGGGUGAGUGCGGGCUCUUGUCUGCCACCAAGAGUGACUAUCUGUUCAUAAUCUGCUUUGGUAUCUUCAUCCCUGCUUUGUUGACCCUCAUCUGUUUGCACAUUUCAGUGGGAAGGAUUGCUUACCUACAGCACAAGAGGAUCCGGCAUGCCUGCCUGCACAUGGAGACCUCCUCUGCUCAUCGCCGCCAUUUCAAAGCACUGAGGACAGUCCUUGUGGUGAUCAUCUGCUUCAUUCUUUUCUGGGGCCCUUACUAUGUGACAGCCAUCGUGAGAGCUACUUGCAGUUCCUGCAAGCUGAGUCAGCUGCUGAAGGAUUUACUAUUCAUUCUAGGAGAAACCAAUUCUCUGAUCAAUCCUUUCAUCUACUCACUGUACUGCAAGGAUAUAAGAACACAGCUUUCCAAAAUGAUGAAGUGCAAGGCCAAAGGCCAAAUAAAACCACGUAGGUCUAAUGACCUGGCUCUGAUCCAUUUCAACAUGAGGACUCAAAGGAACUUAGCCUCUGGAGGAGCCAUGAGACACGAUUUAUCUGGGGAUCAAGCUUCUAACUCUCCUUCGGUCAAGAGUUCUUCAGACUUCAAAACAGUGUUCUCAAUAUCUUGA